CCGGCUUGACACAAUAAAUACAUGACAGUUACAUGGCAGGCUGGGAAGGGUGACAUCUAGGAGAGGAAAAGAAGAAGAGAGAGAGGUUAGGAGAGUUGAACUUGACAUAAAACGUCCAUGUAUAAAGAUCAAUGUGAUAUUGGUGUUCAGUUCUGUCAGAGGAGACCUGGACUGGUACUUCAGCCUACAGGUUUACGUUGCCAAGGUCACAGCGAAUCCACAUAGUGCUCACGUCUGACAACCUAGCGAUUACCAAGCCAAGACUAAGGAAGUAAGGAUGGAUAGGGAGCGCUCCUUGUUCAAUGGGAGAAGUUUCAGCUUCUCCUCUCUCCGUAUUAAAAGUAAAUCAGAUGACAAGGACACAGGAUUUAGACAGAGGGGGCCUAGAUUCUACUCAUCAGUCCGAGAGACCUCAAGAAAAGAAAGCCUACCAGAAGUGAAUGAGGUGGAGGCUGUUGUUGCAGUGACAAGUGCCGACCCCUCUGGAGCCUCUGGCGGACCCGCUCGUCUGGUCCAGCUGAGACCAACAGGGAAGUUAAACGGUGAGCAGCCCCAACGGACCGUCACAAAAGAGGUCAACGGAACAGAGUGCCCACCCAAGCCCACUGAGGAUGACGAUGGUGGAGGAGGCCGGCUCAAGAGGAUCAGCGCUAUGUGGUCCUCCUUCCGCAGACGGAAGCUCGCCAGAGACCAAGGGAAGGAGUCGGUCAUUCCAGAGCAGGCAGAGCCGGCCCUUGUGGACCAGAAGGCCCGGGAGCAGCGCUACGUCAGCGGGCAGUACUUCUUCGAGUACCUGGUGGUGGUCACCCUCAACAAGUCCAAACAGGGAGUCUAUGAACCCCAGAUCACCUACCAGUUUCCCAAGAGGGAUGGGAUGGUGAGGUUUCAAAAGGAGGAGGAGGAGAAGACUCUCAAAGCCAUCACUCUCUUCUGCUUCCCCGAGGGGAUCAACUGGGCUCCUCUAACAGAAUACCACAGUGAGACGUUCUCCUUCGUCCUGACCGAGAUAGAUGGAAGCAGGAGGAAUGGAUACUGUAGAAGAUUACUGCCACAUGGCAAUGGUGCUCGCCCUCCAGAAGCCUACUGCAUUAUCAGCAAGCUGGCUUGUUUUGGACUCUUCUCUGAGAUCAUCGAUGAGGUGGAGAAGCGCUGGCAGGUGGCGAAGGGGGCCAUGAUCUACCCGUUCAUGCAGAGCCUGAGAGAGGCUCCGUUCCCUGCCCCCGGUCACACGGUCAACAUCAAGAGCUUCAUCCCCGGCUCCGGCACUGAGAUCAUCAAACUGACCCGGCCGCUGGACUCGCUGCUGGAGCACGUCAACUUCGCCACGCUCCUCCGCUGCCUGACGGAUGACGAGGUGCUGGUGGUGUUCGCCGCUGCAGUCCUGGAGCGACGCAUCGUCUUCAUUUCCGAAGAACUCAGCACCCUGUCCCAGGUGAUCCAUGCCGUGGUGGCCCUUCUCUACCCCUUCACCUGGCAGCACACCUUCAUCUCCAUCGUCCCAGAGAUCCUCAUCGAUGUUGUCAUGGCGCCCACACCUUACCUGCUGGGCGUCCAGAAACGCCACCUGGACCUGGUCACGGAACAAAGCGACCUGCUAGUGGUGGACCUGUCUGAAGACAAAAAGGAAACAUUUGUUGCUGAAAAUGGAGACGAAAGGACUAUACUGCCCCCUAAACUCAAAGAAGAGAUACUACAGGCACUAAGAGAAAGAAAAGAAAAAGCCACUGUGGAGGAGCUGAACCGGGUGGUCUCCGAAGCCUUCCUGCCUUUUUUCGUCAAGACUGUCGGCCAUUACGCCCACUAUGUGACUCGCGACGGCAGCGACCAGACUGGGGUCUUCCAGAAGAGGAGCUUCUACAAGGCCAUCGAGUCCAAGACCACGCGCCACUUCGUCAAGAAGUUCCUCCAGACGCAGAUGUUCGACCUUUUCAUCCAGGAAGUGGAGCUUCAGCAGCCAGGACCACAGCAAGGAAUAUUUCAAAAGAAGAUUGUGGAAUACCAAGAAAAGAAGAAACGGGAGAAAAAGACAAAGACAAAGAAACACUAACUGUCUUGUGAACGUACACUGUAAGGAGGACCGUGUGUGUGUGUUUGUACAUAAGGGAAAUAUUGAUAUGUGACAUGUAGAUUUAACUGUUGUAGAUAUUGAGUACAUUUUAAUGCAUAGUUUUUGUUCUUUUAAAUAUAUGUGUGUGUGUAGUGUGCAAGAUUGUGUUUCGGGGGUUUGUGGGUAUUUUAAAUUUGGCUGCUACUAUAGGAAGAUUGUCGUUGAGAGAGUGAGUUAGAGAGCUGUGUUUGUUUUGUUUUGUGGUCUAAAUCUAAACCUGCCACAGGAUGUAGCAGGAAAUCAUUUCAAAUAAAACCUAGUUUUGUUUUAGUUUUUUUAACAUGUA